UUCUCCAUUGAAAUAUUAUUUCUUGUCAUAUUAUUCUCGAUAUUUAACACGCCAAGACCUAAAAACGAACGGGACAUAUUUCAAAUCAUAACAUUGUGUGCCUGUAUUUUUCUCUCGCAUAAGGAUGGCGAAGCAAAUGAAGAUUAUCGGCAAUUGCCCAUUUUGCCAGCGUGAGGUAGGCAGCGAUAUGCGCCCCAUAAAUCAGCUAAAUAUGGAACACAUCAACAUACUGGCCAGCGAGCUCAAGGAUAUUCAGCCAGGCUCAACGACUUUGGAGAAAGUAAGUCAACAUAGCGAAAUAAGGGAUUCCAAAACAGAAGCAAGUAAGGAAGAUGAGCAAUCGAUGUCCUUUCUGACUAAAGCUAUGCUGAACAUGGUCAAGGAACAGUUCGAGCGACCGCCAGAUGCAGAGCAUCAAAUACCUGGCGAUCACGCUGAGCUCGUUCUGGCCAUGCUCACCGAGGAACAGAAUUCGUACGAAAGAUUUUUGGCCAAUGAAAGUUAUGCGAAGCAUUCCCCUAAGCGUAGCAGGAAAUAAAUGUGUCUACAACCUAAUAUCAGAAAAAACCUUAAAUUACUUAAAACUAAAAUUUACAGUGUGCGCAGGUUUUCCUUGUAUUGUGAAUUAUGUUGAUACCUUGAUACUCGAAUUAAACAUAAUUUCUUUUAUCGUCUUAA